CAUCAUGGGAAGCAGAUCGCAAUUUUGCAACAUGGCGGUGAAUUGAGCCAAAGUCGCGGUGCUGUGCCAUCAGAAAAUGUAUUUUUCAUAGUUGUGCAACCUCUUUUAUUAUACUUUUCAUGUAUGCGACAGUGUAAUACGGAUUCGGGGCGUGUUAGACGGUACACGGUGCAUGUAAAUAUGAGUGUAAUGAAGCGUAACAUUAUUUCGAAGGUGACACCCCGUAACUCGGUGUGGUGUUCGAGCACGUAUGGCAGAGACUAGAAUCUGAGAUAAGGAAGCUCUGCUUCGCUUAAGUAAUACGUACCGCCGAUUAAAAUUACCACCACAAAGUAGCGAUGUGGUGGUUACCUCUCCCGAACUGUGAAAACAUAUGUGCAAAAUUCAAAAACUUUGUCAUUCACUGUAAAUUGUGAUCGUAUAUGAGUGCCAAACAGAAAUAUAUAAAAGGGCAUUGAACAGAUCCAAUGGUUUCCUGACAUGAUGGAAAAUAAAUUAUACGUGAAAAAUGAGCCGGGACUCGAUGGGCAAUCGCUUGCAAAUCCACAACCAAACCCACCCUCCGAAGAUAUCGGGGGUGCUAGGGUUUGUUUCGUUUGUGGUACAGUGGGCCAUGGGGAGCAAUACUGGCUCAGAGUAAAACCAAGUCCAGGUGGUGCACCAAACGAACCUUAUUUUCCAUUUCUUGAAUCGCAUGAGCCACCUGCUGGUUAUCGUGGCGAAGGAGCCAGAAGCGGAGCAGUGAAGGCAUGCAGCCUUUGUUAUGCUCUGCUGUUACAACAAUGGGAAAGUUACGAACAAGAUGCUAGACCUCAUAGUCAACGAAUUUACUGGCUGAAAAGAUGCGACGGUGGUCCUUUCACGGGAGCUGAGAUGGCCCUUCAAGGAGAAUACGCGGCGCAAGUUCUGGGAUUAACCAAUGAUCAGACACCGCAAAUUAGACCAGAAAAUCGACCAGUUGGAAUUUCUCCACGACUCCCACCAAAUUCACCAUCGCCUAGAGUGGAACAAACAAGACCACCGUCAAAUUCCAUUGAGCUGCCAAGACCACAUUCUAAUACAGCAGAGACGCACAGACAUUUGGAACAAGCAAGGCUUACAAUGGAAUCCCCCCAUCAAAGACUGCAAUCGCCGCAUCAGAGGUUACAAAGUCCUAGACAGCCUGUAGAAGAUGCAAGAAUAUCUAAUGAAGCGGCAUUGGAUUUAAGACACGCACCUAGAAGUUCACCUGCCCCUCAACCAACUUUACUGCCACAAUCUCAACCCAUUUAUAGCGGCGGAUCCUCGUCAAGCGUCGGUACCGAUAUCUUGGAUCUUUCGAUGCCAGACAAAAAUUCAGUUACGGAAGUCUGUUAUGUGUGCGGGGAUGAAUUCAAAAGAGGGUCACUUAGUCAUAUUGCAGCAAAACCACUGCCAACUCCGCCACAUCCUUCUGCCAGUCCCCCGCCAUUUUUUCCAUCGUUAAUGCUUCAUCCACGACCAAGUAGAAGUCGACCUAUGGACAGUGCUGGUCGUGUACAGGCUUGUUCAGCGUGUCAGAAUCAUCUUUUGUUACAAUGGAAGGCUUAUACGCGACAAGGAGUACCGCACGGUGAACGAAACUACACGCUGCGUAAACGACAAGCACCCGCAAUGGAUACAACUACUUUCAUCUGUUACACUUGCGCGCUCGAGUACCCUUCGUCUAGUAUUAGACUUCUUUAUUGUUGUCCUAAUCCAGAGAAGGAGGCGUACUAUCCUUUUAUUUAUUCUCUAAGACCUCCGCCAGGAGCUAGUCCGAUUAGUCCUCAGGGAAUGGUGCAGGUUUGCUCCAUUUGUUACAAAGCUAUACCACAGAAACAACAAGUAUUUGGUGGAGAAAAUCACGAAGCCCAACCCUCGGGACAAGGCGUCGAUUUUCGACAACAAGGUCCGUCUCCACGGCCCGCGGUAGCCAAGUCUCCGGCUAAUUCCGCGGGUAGCGAUAUUCGUUUCAAACCGUACGAUUUGAACAAAUCGACGGUCGCUACGAACAAGCAACGUAGCGCUACGGUAAAAGGAUCGGCUCCUGGUCAACGAAAUUCUCCUAACAAUGGUCCAGCAGAGAAUGGAACCGUUGCUCUUGGUCAAAACUAUAGGUGCUAUAUUUGUGAGAGAUUAUAUCCCCGUAACCAUAUGGAAUGGUUGUCCACGAGUCCGGAAGGAAUGAAUUCGCACGCUAUGCACUUCCCGUGUUUAAGGGGAAUGGCACGAACUUCUGAAAACGCUUGUAUGGAUAGCCAUGGCAGAGUGUUGGCUUGUACACACUGUGUGAAUCAUCUUGCCCAACAAUGGGAAAGCAUGGAUGCUGAACGAGUUCCUUUAGAACGUCGCAGGUAUGAUAUUCCUAGUCCACAUCCAAAUGGCGACGUGAAUCGAUCGAUCGCCACCCCACCGAGUUCUAGUUCAGAUCGAACGUUUGGUAGUAAUCCAGGCACAUCGAGCAGUUCCAUAUAUUGUUUCCUAUGUGGCUUGCAUAGUGAUUUAACUCUUGCAAGAGUGUUGUACGGUCGCCCUCAGGGUCGCAACGCACCGUUUUUCCCUGAACUGUUGCGUCAUCAGUCUCCGCCGAACGCCGAACAACUCAGAGAGGAUGGUUCUGCGCUAGUAUGCACGUUCUGUUACCAUUCUCUUUUGGCGCAAUGGCGUCGAUACGAAUCUCUUCCUAGUGGUCAACAAGUGAACGCCGCGGAAAGGCAGUACAAUACGCACGAUUACUGUUGUUACGUUUGUGGCAUUAUGACGUAUAGGAAACGAGUCAGAGCGUUGCUCGUGAAAGAUUUUCCCUUCCUGAGGUAUCACAGACAACCAGAGAAGAGUCUGUUGUUGGAGAACGGGGACUUUGCGGUGGUCUGUUUAGACUGUUACGAAACAUUGCGUACUCAAAGUCUCGAGUACGAACGAUGGGGCUUACCCGUUGAAAAACGCGAAUAUAAUUGGAUAGUACAACCACCGCCACCGGAAGACAGUCCAGACGCGGCUAUCGCGAGAUUGCCGUCCGGUGAACGAUCCGAGAAGGUGGUUCCCUCGACAUUAACCGUUAGGCCAGCGCGGAAAAACUGUUCUCCUAAGGCGCCGGACAAAAAGGUCCCAGCAAAAGUUUCCGAAAAAGAACAAGACAGCCGUCUAGUACGUGCUCGCGUACGAAAAGGUCUCCAGCCUGCCAGCACCAAAGCGCAACCUACCACGAUCAGCAAGUCUCACAGACCUAGUUCCGGCGUUUUACCUCAGUGUCAUACCCCUGGGCCCGGCCCAGGUGGUCAACAGAACAGCAGAAGCUUCGCCGCCGCUCUGAGAAACCUGGCCAAACAGGCAGGACCGGCACCUCAAGAAGAAGAGCCUCGCGCGAGUCCCAAGAAUCGAGCACCGCCUCCUCUCGUUAGAGGUCCUUCCCCUGCCAAGGAACGGUCCACGCACGAAAGAAGACCCGAAGAGAUUCCCUCCUUGUACACGACUGCGAGACCCGCGGACACCAGCAAACAUAGCGUAACAGCCGCAGCUUCCGAGUUAUUGGCCCGUUCCGGCUUUCAGCCGUACCGGCCCGAGCACCAUCCGGCCCAUGCUCCACCGGCUUUCGCCCUGGAUCCUGCGGCCUACAGUCCUUAUCACCACGGUCUCUACCCACCGCCACACCUUCAACACGCUUAUAGAUUAGAGGAACAGUUGUACUUGGAACGGUGUGGAAUGCUGAGACCGCCAUUGUUUCCUGGACUACCCUCGUAUCCUCUAUACGGGUUAAGAUAUAGUCCAGACAUGCUACCACCUGCGUCUCUGGGACUCAUGUCUCCUGCGAUGCACGAACGGCUGAAACUAGAGGAGGAACAUCGGAUGAGGCAAGCACGGGAACAGGCUGCAUUGCGGGAGGAGGAGGAGAGGAGAAGAGCGGCACGAAAUUCUGCUCCUGCCGCCCCGGUACCCGCGCCUGCACCUGCAUCCGCCGAUACUGCAGCUAGGAAGCCGACCAUAGCGGCUCAGAUGCAUAGCGACCGGGAGCGAGAACGCGAGAACAAAGAUCGACAGAGUGGAAGCGGUAGCGGAGGUGGCGGAGGCGGAGGUAGCGGAGGAGGCGGAGGCGGCGGUAGCAACAACAACAACAACAGCACCACCACCACGACCAACAAUAACGGUAAUAAUAGCGUUGGAUCUGUCGGUAACAAUCACCAUCAGUCGAGGAAGGAAGAACAGUCUUCCGGUCCAGCCCCACCAUCGGCACCGCAACCGUCGGAUCCAACGGCAACCGCAAACAUCUACCACUCUCGUUUGCCAACGUUCCCGAGUCCAGCGGCUCCUAUUGGACCACCGUCAUUGGUUUCCGCUUCUAUCUGUUCCGUCAGUUCUGCGGCCAUGCCGCCUCCUUUGGCUUCUACUUUGCCCCCUCUGAACCUUGGACCUCCGCCAGCUAUAAGCUCCGCGCCCAUCGGCCCUCCUCCCAUCCCUUCUAUAGCCUCUAUGUCAUCCUUAACGCCAACGGUAAUAGGACCCCCGCCACCUCCUCCACCCUUAACCAUGCCUUUGGCGCCUAUCAUUUCUAUACCUUCCCUCCAUCUGCCUCCCGUAUCCUCCACCACCAUUCAUUCUAGUCAGCAUACAGCUACGAUAAUGAGCAGCGCGACGACUACCGUCACGACCUCUGUAUACCAUCAGCAACAGCAGCAACAACAACAACAAAUGCAACAGUCGCAACAACCACCACCGGCACCAUUACCACCGCUACCACCGCUGUCGCAGCAUCAACGUAGCAGCAGCACUGGUGGUACGACGACGACUAGUUGUUCGUCGAGCAGCUGUACGAUGUCCACUCACGGAACGCACACUCUUACGACGCCUAACGUCGUACCCUCGACGAUCAACAGCGUCAAUCACAUGACUUUAACCCAUAAAUCGCCGCCGCUGUCCCACGGUAUUCAUAGCUCGAGGAGCAAAGACAACGCAGCACCGACCAUCGCGACCACGAACGCCUCGAGCGCCUCUACCACGGUCACUACCGUCACCUCGACGAAUACAUCGGCGACCUCGCAACCGGCUUUCGUCAGACCUUUCGAAGAUUCUUUUCGAUCCUCUUCGAAAUCCCAACAAAGGCCGAUCGUGAACAGUCACAAUCAUAGUAUAGCGAAUCAGCUUUCUUAUCAGGAAUCGCCUGUAAAAUCGACCGCGACCACGGCCGCGUCUCAAACGAUAGUUGGUCAAACGUUAGCCGACAGUUCUAUCGCGGACAACGCUAAGAACACGAACCUUCAGCAAUCGCUGUCGCAGCCCAUCCCUUAUCCGCCGCAACAGUUUCAUCAUCCGCAUAUACCCGUCUCGCACGUGGCCAGUUUGUACAAACCACCUCAUUUCUCCUCUUCGUCUCCCCAUCAGCAUCAUUCGCAGUCCAAGAUGAAUGUUCCGUCGCUAACGACCAACAGCAGCAACAGCAGCACGAACGUGACCAAUUCGAAUUGCGCGAAACAGAAUGUGCACCAUACGGGCGAUCCUAAUCAACCGACAACGACCACUACCAUCACCGCCGCUCAACGAAACGAUAAUUCGACCACGAAUCUGGUCAACUGCGUUUCCAACGAGAAAGCACCGAUCAACUUGAACUACAGCGGCAACGGUCAGAUCCAAUCGGGGAACAAGAUCGCGAAUCACGCGAAUUCGCAUCACAGGAGCGGACCCGAUACGCCGAUCAAGGAAAGUAAACCGAAUUCGUGCAACGAAAAAAUCGAGAAUCACUCGAAACUAAUUGGAGCGAAUCAGAAUCACGUGGGAAAGAGUUCGCUUCAAGACAAACCCUUGACGACCCCUCAUCUAGCUCACGAACAAGGAAAAGGUCCGCCCGCCUUCCAACCCGCGACCUUCAAUCUAAUGGAGAAAGAGGCGAAAUCGGACGUAGAGUCUAAGAUACAGAACGAGCAGAACAACGUUUUGUCCACAUUAUCGUCGUUUCAACCGAGUUUUAAGUUCAGCAUAAACGAUAUCGCACAGAAGCAGCCUAUAGACACGACUCAGCUGAUGCAGAGCAUCAAGUCUGAGGAGGUUUUGCGUACCUGUCAGAACGUAUCCAACGUUCUCUUGCAGAUACCAAAAUAUCAAGAGAAACUGUUGAAUUUCUCGAACGAGUUGAAAACCGCAUUUUGUUUCACCGACAAGUGCAAUAAUUUGACUGAGAUUUCCGUGAAGUGCGAGCCAGCGGUGUUAAAUGUGCCUGACCUGAGCAAGGCUCUAGUCAAACAGGAUGCUACCAGCGAAAAGUCUUUUCUUGUACCUGAAAAGCCGAAGGAGUUAACGUCCUCGUUAGAUCUAGCGGAGAGAAGAAGGAAAAGAAAAAGGGAACGAAACGCGGGUGUCGCGUGCAGUUCCGAUUCCGAAGGCGAAGAAGAGAUCAAGGACGUGGAUCUGUGGAUCACCAAAGGUCCUCCCGCCAAACUACAGUAUUCUGAAAAGAAACUGGCUUUCCUCGCUAUGUUUGGUUUAACCACUCUAAGUAUGCGAAACGAGAUGGAACUUUGCAAAGUGGAGAAGAGAUACAGGUUAAAUCCAGAUCCACCGGACGUACCUUUGGAAACGGAACUGGCAGUCGAAUCUGUGUUACCGAUACCGCGCGAUCAUCCAGACGUGCUGCUCCAUACGCCAGAUUUCGAACCAAAAGUUGGCUUUCUCAGGACCAUAGGCCUCGACGUAAUGCCUCCUAGUAGAAGAGACGAGGCGGAGGUAACGUGGCAGUAUGUUCUUCAAGAUCGUAAGAAACGAAAAAGCAUGAAUUCCGUGACGGCGUAUUGCGAUAGAAUUGCCAAGGUGUACUCGAAAAAUCCACCAACGUUACCGAAACCACCGCAUAAGAUGAGGCUUUUAGAUAGAGUAAAAGUGAAGCACGUUCCGGAACGACCACCGCCUCUACCGCCUUUGGUUCCGAACAUCGUCCCUAUGGGUUAUCCCGCUUUGCCUAUGCCCGGUGAGAAUGGAGUGAAGCAACAUUGCAAGGUCAUAGACAUGAAGCUUGCGGAUGAUACCAUGGACGAUAACAUCAGUGGGAAGAAAGAAAGACCUAAUAAGUGGACUGGAAUCGAGGACAUCAUGUUAGCGUACAAAGAGUAUUCCAAAGAGAAGGCAUUGGAGAAGAAAGUUUUGACGAGCGAAACAUCAAAACUGGUGGCACAGUCGAACAAUUUACGGUCCGAAACUAUUCAGCUAGAGCGACGGAUAUACGAGCUGUUGUCCGCUAGAACGGCUCUCGAUUCGGAGAGGCGUGUGCUCAGUGAGAAAAUUGAAAGGAUCAACACACUUGUUAGGAAUCUUAGGUAGCGACGCGUAACGCACAACACGGAAACUCAUUCAUCUGUGAUAUUAUCAAAGGGUUAAGGGUCGUUAACUUGCAGAACCAAAUAAUAAAAGAAAAAACCUAAUAGAAUACUUAAGUAGGCGUACGAUUCAGAAAGGGAAAAAGUUCUAUCGACCAAAUGUACAACAGCCUUUAUGUAUUGUUUUGCAACAAUGCGCGUUAUGCAACAACGUUAUACAAAUGCGAAGAAACUCAAUAGCAGCAACCGAAGAGACGUCAUCGUUAGUCCAGCCAUAUCAGAGCAGUACGCGUAUAAGAUUAAUUGUAUAAAACGAAAAAAUUAUACCGAAACGUGUAUGCACUUCUUAGCCGAUGGCCGAAGUGGUUAAUAAAGAUUUUAUAGUUUCUAGUAACGGCUCUUAACCCCUCGACUAUAAAUAAUUGUAAUUUGUAUCAUAAUAUUUUAAUGAAAAAAAUAGACAAAUCGUAUAACUUAUUUUAUUCUGCGUAAUGUGGACUCUAUGUCAGAUAAUAACUUGAAACGAUAUGAUAUGUCAGAAUUUGUAUAUGAGUCGAUCGUUAAUAUUAACCGAAAAUAUAAAAGAGAGGAGAGGGAGAGAGAGAGAGCGCGAGAGAGAGAGAGCGAAAGGGAGAGAGAGAAAGAAGAGAGAAAGUGAGAGAGAGAGAGAGAGAAAACAGAAGAAUCGACGUUCAUCGAAUCGGUACAAUGAUAAUCGGAAAAGUAAACUCGAUUAUGGAGACUAUCACUUUCUUUUUCAAUUUGCAUCGUAAACGAUAGUGUGUACACGAGCUCUGUGUUGAUAAAAAUUUUCAAACACAUCUUGAAACAAAACGACAGACUACGGUUACGAUGAAUCGGGAUACAAAACAAAACGUAACGAAAGAAGAAAAGAUCGAAAUCUUAGAAUUAUAUUAUUUUUAACUUAAAAGAUGUUUCAAGAUAGAAGUAACUCUAGUCUACGGACAUUCGUAGCAUACAGGAAAAUCACGUCUGAUUCCGAGAAAUCAGAAUAGUGACCGAUCCUACCUUUCGAUGUCCACUGUUCACAACAAUGAACGCAAAGGCCAGUGAAUACAAGAAAAAUUAAUGUAACAACAGCAGUGAGGUACUUAUUAUAGGUAAAGUGACUUAAUUUAAAUGCAAAUGUGAGACAUCGCGCGACCACAUUCCACAUGAAAAUAUGCUUGUUACCCGACCUCCAACAUUCCACGUUCGUACGGUAAAAACAAUCGGAUCGCAAAAAAAGGCGAAAAUAAAACUCAUUUUGUUAAGAAAAUUUUUUGCUUUUUUACGUUCAACUAGAUCGACGCUACUCUAAUUUGUGGUAUCCUUGUACUUGUAUCUCACUCUGCUCUCUGAGUGCAUCGUUCAACUAAUACGUCAUACGUAACAACUCCAGUAUGUAUAAUACGAAAACCAUUUAUAAUUUCAUCGUUUUGUUCAUUGAGUGCCUAACGUUAUCCUACAUUUGUAAAUAUCAUUAUUUUUAUGUAUUGUAUAACAAAAUAAGACCACAAAGUAUUUGUCGGUCUCGAUCUGGCCAAAACAAAAGCCUAGAAGUAAAUUGUUGAAAAUAUGAA